UCCUAACUUUUAGUUUCUUUGAUCAUUGAGUAGAUCCCUCUGUUUCAAUUCAAUGGCUCAGUCGAUUGGGAUCAUAAGAAAUUCUUGACGGAUUUUGGGGCUUUAGCGCUUCUGUUCUGAAUCAGGGGCACUAGAGGUCCAUUGUUAAAAAAAAAUAAGAAGGAAAAAUGUCUACCGCCGAUGUUGAUCUUAGUCCCAUUCCCAAGGAGUCUGUACUCUCACCUGGCCAUUUCCAUGGCCAAUCGGGUCCUCUUUCGAGUGAAUCGAUAAUGAUUUACCUCACGGUUUCCGGUUCUGUGAUUCCAAUGCGUGUAUUGGAGUCCGAUUCGAUCUCCUCAGUGAAACUGAGGAUCCAGUCGUGUAAAGGUUUUGUUGUGAAAAAGCAGAAGCUAGUGUUCGGAGGUAGGGAACUGGCUCGAAACGACUCUCUCGUUCGGGACUACGGUGUCACAGACGGCAAUGUUCUUCAUUUAGUUCUCCGGCUUUCUGAUCUCCGGGUAAUCACAGUCAAGACUGCCUGUGGGAAGGACUUGGAGUUCCAUGUUGAACGGUGUAGAAGUAUAGCAUACAUCAAACAGCAGAUCGCCAAGAAGGGAAAAGAUUUUGUUGACCUCAAGGACCAGGAGCUAAUCUGUAAUGGAGAGGAGCUGGAGGAUCAGUGGCUCAUCGAUGAUAUUAGUAAAAACAGUGAUGCUGUGAUUCACUUGCUGGUUCGGAAGUCUGCAAAAGUUAGGGCCAAACCCGUUGAAAAAGAGUUUGAACUAUCGGUUGUGGCAUCUGAAUUGAAUGAGGGGAGAGAAUUCGAUGAAGAAGAAGUAGAUGGAGGAAACCAGUGGAGCAAUGGGUCAAAGGAUCUCCGUGUGGUUACUAAGAAACCAGUGGGCAGAGAUUUCAAUUUGCAACCAGUUAUUGUUAAUCCGAAGAUCAAAUUAUCCUCAGUUAUUAGUGAUUUGGUUAGCUCCACCUUUGAUGGAUUGGAGAGUGGAAACCAACCGGUCAGAUCCUCAGAAGGUUCCGGUGGAGCUUAUUUCAUGCCAGAUUCUUCAGGGCACAAGUUUGUUUCCGUUUUCAAGCCAAUUGAUGAGGAACCUAUGGCAGUGAAUAAUCCUCGAGGGCUACCAAUAUCAUCUGACGGUGAAGGUUUGAAAAGAGGGACUAGGGUAGGAGAAGGUGCGUUCAGAGAAGUUGCAGCAUACGUUUUGGAUCAUCCAAGGAGUGGUCCACGGUCUCUUUUAGGCGAAGAGAGAGGUUUUGCUGGUGUCCCUCCUACAGUUAUGGUGAGGUGCUUGCAGGGGGAGUUUAACCAUCCAGAUGGGUACCAGUUUUCUUCUAAGAAUGUCAAGAUUGGGUCUCUGCAAAUGUUCAUGAAGAACAUAGGGAGUUGUGAGGACAUGGGUCCUCGUGCUUUCCCUGUGGAGGAGGUCCAUAAGAUCUCUGUGUUGGACAUAAGGUUGGCAAAUGCAGAUAGACAUGCUGGAAAUAUUCUGGUGGGAAAAGAAGGGGAUCGUACUGUGUUGAUUCCAAUUGAUCAUGGGUACUGCCUACCAGAGAAUUUUGAAGAUUGCACAUUUGAUUGGCUGUACUGGCCGCAAGCUCAUGAGCCUUAUACCCCUGAGACCAUUGAGUAUAUUAGAUCACUGGAUGCUGAACAAGAUAUUGCUCUUCUAAAGUUCUAUGGAUGGAACAUAUCACAUGAAUGUGCCCGCAUCUUCCGCAUAUCUACCAUGCUUCUGAAGAAGGGAGCUGAGAGAGGGCUCACUCCUUUUGCUAUCGGAAGCAUAAUGUGCAGAGAGACUUUGAAGAAAGAGUCUGUGAUUGAGAAGAUUAUCCAUGAAGCCAUGGAUGCUCUGCUACCAGGAAUGAGUGAAUCUGUGUUCCUCGAAUCUGUAUCUCAGAUCAUGGAUCGCUACCUUGAAUUGCUCACCAUAUAGUAGGCAUGCAUUCUGUAGGUAUGUGUAUAUGUGCAUAAUUACCACCUUUUAUGGAUAUCAUUUUUCCCCCUUGACUAUUACUCUAAUCUCUAUCUAGAGUUUGAACAGA